GGGCAGAGCGGCUGUUAUCCGCGUCAGGAGUCGGAUUCUGUUCCGUUCCGAUUCAGCGCUCCGCACCGCCUCGCUUCGCCAUGCCGCUGCCCCGCGCCGCGUUCCUGCUCGGCCUCCUGCUGGCCGCUGCCGCCGCCGAGUCGGUGAGUGCCGCUGCCCCCCGGUGCCCGCAGCCCCGUGCCCGUGUGUGCCGCUCCUCCUCCUUCCUCCUCGCCCCUCCUGCCUUCUCCUAUCGGUGGAAUUAGCGCGGGUGCGUCGUAGAGAACGAACCGCUCUCCAUUCCAGCUUUGAUCUCCAACUGCUGCUUAUGGACUUCUGGCCUUUAAUCCCUCUUUUAUUGCCGGUUUAUGAUGGCUUAGGCGUGCAGUGCGCUGCCGCAUCUGGGUGCGUGUUCCUGUCGUAGCAGGACGUGGCUGUGUCGGUUCCUGGUGUCCCCGUGGCUCUCGGACCAACACUGCUUUUCUAAGGGAAUGGUCGAAUAAUUUAAGACUCCUUUAAACACGAGAAAGUAAAAUAAAGGAGUUCCAGUGCUUCAAGGUGGUACGUGUGUGGUCUUCCCUGUUGAAGCAGAGGUUUUGGGGGGGUCUGCCUUCCCUGUUUGUUUCUCUGUUUGUGUCCUUCCCUACAGCACAGGAUCUCUGUGUCUGUUCGAAGGAGUUGCUGGUGUUAAUAUAAUAACUGCAGGAGCUGUGAGGAUCUCGAAGCUAGGUUUGAUUAUCCACAUUGCUCUGUUCUGCGUGGAUCUGGGUGUGCAGAUAAGCACUGGGCACCCCUUUCCAGUAGGGCAGGGUGGGGGGCUGCUGGUUGUGGAGUAGGAACGUCCCAUAGAACGCCAGCAGCAGUUGUCAGCUGCUCUCUGCUGAGGCCGACCAACCCCAAUCCACUUUGCUCUAAUCUGGUGCCUUUAUCCCUGCUAUUAAGCACGUGAAUUGCGCCUUCAAGAACUGGCCCAAACCAGUAGGGCAAACUUCUGGGGCAGACAGCAUCUGGAAGCGGCAUUGACCAUGUUUGGUAUGAAAUGCAACUUGGUGUCCCUGGGGAGCGGAGUGGACUGCGAGCAUCGGAUUUCUGCAAAGACAACCAAUUCUGAACAGAUGGAUUCUGUAGAUCCUUACGCGGGGCCAUAUGGAGUGUUUGUCAGUGUCGUCUUGGCUGCGUCAGGCGGGCUGUGCGCUCCAGCAGUAAUACUGACCUACUCCAGAGCCUUAUGCAAACAAACAGUUUGGGUUUCAGGCUGCCGGGGAGGAGACGGGAUGACAGGGUUUGGGAGAGCUGCUGCUGCUCCUCCUCCUCGUUUUUAUAGCCUUGCCAAAACGUGCAGGGCUGCACAGCAUGCUGCUCCCUGCCUUCUGUGCGGGCAGGGUGAAGGCAGGUAGCUGUUUCUUCACAAGACAGGGGUUGUAUUUCUUGUGCUUACGUAAGAGCAUGGCUUCUGAGAGUGAUUUGGUGCCUGAACGUUUCCCUGAGCCUGUGCAAACAGAAAUGCUUUGGCUCCUUUCCCCUCGCACGGCUCGUUGGCGUGGAUGGGAUUUGUCGGUGUGAAGCAAUCCUGGAUGUGUAAAAGGGUGGGGACUGUGAGCAAGGUGCCCGAGCGUGACGUUGGUGCCGGGGUGGUGGGGGUGGCUGCAUUACUGCAGCUCGGUGUGAGGACAUCGCCUUGUUCCCUGCUGGGGGUGGGGGCUUUCCAGAUGGAUCUGUGGUCCUCAGCCCUCCCUGAGCAAGCGCUUCGGGGAGUAAAGGCUGUAGGGAGGGCUGUGCUGGGCAUCUGAGGGGCUUUGGGGAGAUGGGCAGGAAGCCAGCAGUGCAGCUAAGGUACGGGGAUAAGUGGGGAUGAGGAGGAGCAGGGCAGCAUUGCAGAGCUUUGCCUGUGCUUCUGGCAUCCAGCUGGCCCCUGGCAGGAUGGGGGGAGGCAAGAAUGUUCCCAUCAGUAGUGUCUUUGCUGCAGGCUUGGGCUGCUCCUCUUGUUAAUGCUAUUGAAGAGGACUGCUUCUGCUGUGAGUUCAGCAGUGCGAAUGGGCUGAGAGCUGCAGCUGUCCUGCUUGGCUGCCUCAAAGAAAGCAGAAAGUUUCCACGCAGUGCUGCAUUGUGUUCGUGCAUCCCCAGCAGCACAGCCGAGCAGAAAUCCAUCCUGGAAGCUGCUGUAUGAGGAGGGUGCAGGGAGAGGGGGACGCCUCGUGCUGGCUGUGGGCUCCAUUUCUGGUUUAAGGCAAUCGUGCUUGGAGGGCUUCUGAUUGGCAAAGCUGGUGUCUUGUUGAUGAUAGCCAUGUUUGGAAAGUAGUACAGCAUUAUUAAUGUUAAAACCGGUUUGGCUUGUCCUGCUGCCAUUGAUCCCCCAGGCCUGUUCUUUCUGCUCUUUGCCCAGUUUCUCAUCUGUCCCUCCCAAUCAAAUCAAGACACAACUAUCAGUGUGUUUUACUUUAUUUUACUUAAUGACUUGGCAAGCCCGUGGGGCAGCUGAAUGUCUACAACAAAUCCUGGCUUUUGCUUUGGCCUACCUAAAAUGCAGAGCGGUAGGAUUGGAAGUGGGAGGCAAUGCCCCUUGCUCCUGAAGGGAAGGAACCUGUGGCUUUCGGUGGCCAAACCUAGAGCUGAUUGUCAUGAUGAAUGCUGGGAAGGUGUGGAAGGCAGUAUGCUCUCCAAUGCUUUGUACCUUGUUGGGAACCGCUGGUGGGAUGGAGACUUGGGGCUGAACUUUGGGGCUCGUUGGCUCUCAGAAGUUUGGGCAGUUGGACAAUGUGACUGCUUGUUUUCCUGCCCCUCCUGCUGCUGUCUCCCAAGACCUUGGCAUUUCAAGGUCCUGCUGAGGUCUGUAUCCAGUCCAACAGUUGUGGAAAUGUUUUUUCCUAUGCGUCUUCACCUCUCCCCUCCUCUCUGAGCCUUUGCUAUUGCCUUGUGCCCCUGAAUGUUUGGGGUCAGGAGACUGUUCCCUGUUCUCACCAUGCCUCCAGCGGUACCCAAUGUCCCCCUGCACCGGUGUUCUUGGAGUGGCCCUCUGCUUUUCUGAUGCACUUGUCCCAUUUCCACCACGAGGCUGGAAGCUGCUCAGAGUGCAAACUUCAGCAGAAUUCUUCCCUUCUGACUCCCACUGCUGGGAAAUACUCUGGAAGCGUGCUGGCUGCCUGAUGGCUCAGGGCUCCCCGGCUAACACUUGAGCUAGAUAAAAAUGGAGCAUCCAUCCUGUGAAGCGCUUCUUUGCUUUCACGUUAAGACUUAUCCUCUCCAUCUUGCUCUUGAAUCCUUGCAGAUGGAUUCUCCCCUCUCAGCUCAGUACAGCUUGUUCCUCGAUGCCCUAUGACGACAGAGGGGUCCUGCUGCUUCUGUAGCCUCAGAUGUGAAGCGAAUGCAGCUGAAGCACUAAAACUGGACAGAUCCAGCACGUCCGACCUCUGGGCUGCUGUUGUGGAGAGUGUGUGACUGUUUGUUGAGACUGUGCGGAAUGCAAACACUUCAGAUUAAGGAUUCAAAUGAUCUGCACUAGAAUGAGGCCGUUGUGAUGAAACUGGGCUCGGUGGCUCUGAAUAGACACAGCAGCCCGGUUGGAGCUGGUGUGUAAUGAGCUACUGCGCUGAGGGGCUGUGCAGGAUGCCAUGGUGAUGAUCUGUUAGGGCUGCACUUCUGGGUUAGUUUGAGUUUCCAUUUUUGUUUGUUUUUUUUUCCUCUCUUCAAUCACGUACUCAGAUGUCCGGUAAGUGCUGCUACCUCAGUCCAGCUCUGCUGUGUGCCGCCAGCCCUGCAGCAGCAGUGUGUGACUCAGGGGUUCUGGCACUCAGCUCCCUGAGACCGCUGUCACUGUGUGAGUAACGGCUCUGCCCCGGCCCCAGUGCGGUGACUCAGACUUGCUUGGCUCUGGGGCACAGUGCUGGGUCCCUUAUGGGGGGACAAGAGGGGUAAGCGUGGAGCUGGUGCUGCUGAGCAGCCAGGCUGUGCUGUCUGACUGCUGCCUCCCAUCUCGCCUGUCUCAGUUUGUUGCUCCGGUGGGUAAAAAGCUGUUGCUCUCUGCCACGCUACUGCUGCCACUAGCUGAGUUAGCGUUGGCAAAGGCUUCUGAGAAAUCAGUGUUGUCUCAAGCAGCCACUGACUUGCUCUGGCAGCUCUGUGGGCGCUGCCUUUUCAGACAGAUAAAGCUAGAUGGGGAGAGGAGGGCAACACUAUCUGAAGUGACCGCGAGCGCUCAUAGCGAGGCAGAGGAGUGGGAAGUCACGGAGAGGAGGCUAAGUGCUGAACUCUGAAUCUAGAGAAAAUGUCAGCGUGGGAGGGGGAGGCACAUAAGGCAUGGCUACAUUGCUCUCGGUUUCCAAAGGCUGUCUGACUUCAAAAAUACCCUUAUUGUAAAAGCCUUGCCUUUGCUAGAAAUACGUGCUCGUGUCGGUUGUAUCCUUGAGCCCUUUGAGGCUGAGACUCUGCUUACAAAACCCCGAGUGGUUCUUGUUAGACAAAUCAUUGGGAUAACUGAAAAAUCAAAGCUGUUAAUUAAAAUGUCAGCGAGACACUCCUUGGGGUGGGAAGGAGACUGCUAGGCACGCAGUGCGUUACCCACACUGCCAGUGUCAUGUAGCAAAACCCAGGUUGUUUCUUGCUUAAACAAAUUGUGUUCUGUUGGUCAAACAAAUUCAGUCUUGGGAAGGAUUUCUCCCAUCCAAUGUUGCCCUGCUUUCCCUGCUGAGAGGGAGAGGGUGUCUCCAUCGCAGCGGGAGCACAACUGUGCUGCCUGUCUGCUGUAAAACCCCAAAGACAAAGUGCUGUGGCCCUGCCCUGUUUACCUUGCUGGGAGGCUGACCCUGCGUCCUGCCCUUUGGCUGCAGUUACAGUCAAACUGUAGCAAUAAAAAGAGCUGUUGGUGUGCAUUAAUGACCGCACUGGGAAAGUGCCUGCCUUGGACUUGCAGCAAAACAGGCUGAAUUGCAGUGGCUGGGGAUCUCGAUGUGCCUCGGGUCUGGCUUUGCUCUUGAGAGCCGUGGGGAGGUGGGAUGCUGAGCUGGGAGCAGCGGGGCUCCUGUGGGUGGGGGGAUGGAUCCUGGCCAGCGUGGUGCAAGGGGAGUUGCAGAACUGCUUCUGGGGGCUGGAUUCCCCCUUCAAGAGCAGAGAAGCUUCUACUGGCCUCCUACCUCAAAUGGAAAUACGUGGAGUUAGUACUGAUGUCAGGAGCCUGGGCUCCGAGGACUCUGUUCCCAGUGAAAUAAAUAUUUAUUACAAGUGCACGGUGCAGAGCAGACUGUGGAGCCAGGCUCUUGCAGGAGGCUGUUUAUGUGCGGGCUGUUCUUGGCGCUAAUUCCAAAUUUCCUGAGGCUGAGUAUGAGGAGCUGGUACCGUGCAUUGGUUACUAAAUGACUUGUUAGUCUGGUUGGGUGCAGGCUGCACAGAGCUGAGGAAGGAGGGAGCGAAGCAAUAACUUUGUCACUGCCAGGAGCAGAAGGACCGUGAGGGUGCAGAGAAGCGGUGAGGGAGUGCUGGGAAGCUGCUGCCAGCCCACCUCUGCUUGCCGAGGGCAGGAAACAGGGCCCGGAGAAGGGAGUGCUGCUGGGAGCAGGUGGGUCCGCAUAGUGCUGCAGGAUGGGCUGCGUGGUCUGCAACAGCACUGCUGGCUGCAUGCUGGCCCCAAGCCAGGGUCACCUCUGCGCAGCCACCGAUGGCUCUAGUUAAAGAAACAAAACAACACAACAAAAAGCUCCAUGCACUGAAACUCCAAUCCUUACCGUGGUAGCUAAGAAGGGAAAAUUCCUGCUGUUGACAUUUUUGUUCAUACUAAUGCUUACAUAGGUAUAGCCUGAUAGCAGAGUGGUCCCCCUCUUUCAUCCUGAGUGCUUUCAGACUGAUAACUUCCUCUGCUGCAUGCUGUUUGGCUGGCAGCUGUACCAAUAGCACAACCCAAAAUAGCCCAACCUGGGCUCAGCUGAGAUCUUUGGGCUCCUAUUUCUGAUUAGAUUAAAGCGGCUGGUGGGGGAGAGGCAUUUGUAGGGCACAGUGCUGGGAAUCUUGGCUGCACAAACAAGCUGAUAGCCGCCUGGGAAAGGCUCUGUGCUCCUGAGCCUUUGAAGUCUGUGUCUGCCCAGCUUAGUCUGCUAAUGUGCUGGCAUGAGGGAGUGCAGAGAGCCUGACAGUGCACCUCACACGCUUCUUGCUGAGUGGAAAUUCUGCUUGCACGUGUGUUGGGAAAUACUGGGUGUUGUAUUCUAGGGAAGGGCAGCGAGGGCAGGCCUCGCCCUGGGACAGGGGGAAGCGUGAUAUAUGAAAAGUAUCCCAAGCUUGAGAAGCAGCCCUGGAUGGGGAAGCUGGUGUGCUGGAGCCUUUACGUCCUUCUUGAUUCUUCUACCCCCUGGGCAGGGAUCCCAGGGGAGCUUCAUGCAUUAGAAUAGACAACUGGGAGUCAGUUGAGAGUCCCAAAGCUGAACCCCCCUUUUUAGCCUUGAAUAGAUUUCUCCUGAACUGAGAUAUCAGUACUGAAGUAUAUGAGCUACUUACAAUUAGAUUUACAACAGCGUGGAAACCCCAUUGAACUAGAUCUGAAUUCCUGUCCCUGACCUGGAGAACCUCUCAGGGCCUCAGCAUGGCACCAUUGCAGUUGUUUUCCUCCCCAAGUCACGUGAGCUCCCACUUUCCUCUGUUGCAGCCUUCCUCCUAACCUUAUCUUUAUUUGCUUCGGGGCAAGUGAUUGACACCCAGCCGUCUGCAGCCUUGCUGAGCUCUGUAGCCUCUGGCUGGAGGGGGCAUCUGCCUCCUGCCCGCCCUGCUGUCCUGGCUCUGUGGGCUCUGGAGCCGGGCGCUGAGUCCUCCCUGCAGUUAUUUGGUCACUAAACAGUUCUCAGCAUGUGCCUGGCUGGCGAAGGGCAGCAUCUUUAUGGCUUUGCUCUUGGCUGAUAAUCGGGAAAGAGCAGUUAAACAGGAAUUCAUUCCUUUGUAAUCUCUGUCCUCCUGUUUGGUGCCGUGUUGUUGUCUCAAGAGAGAGUAGCUGUGUGUGAGCAGUCCAAGGCAGCCGACGUUUGACUUGGUGUGUGCAGGAAAGCCUACUUAGCAAGCUCUCCAUCCCUGUAGAGCCCAGGAGGGCUCAACCCCAUUGCAGGGAAGGGAUCACUCCAUAGAGCAGGUCACACUGCAGAGCCCAAGAUUAGGGAGUCAUCGGGACGGGGAUUACGGCUUGGCUGCUGCGUGAGCCCUGGGAGAGCUGCUGGCUGCAACAUGGCUUAAAGAAUCACGGGGGAUAUGCAGGCAGGGGACGUGGGCUGGGCUGUGUGUGAGUGCGGGGCACGUGCUGCUCUUCUGGCCAUGUGUAGCAUGAGGUCUGCUGGGCUUGGGUAGCCGGGUACAUACCUGCUUGGACACCCCCUGCUUGGGGGUGCUCCUCCUAAUGACAUUAAACAAGUGAUGCUUUGUCAGCCCACGUGUUCCUCUUGCUCUGCCUUACUGAGCAAGGUGCUGCUCCUUGCCUGUACUACUAAGCAAAAUGACAUAGUUCUAUAUGCUCUUGCCUUACCCAUCUGUCAAGAGCUGCCUCUAAUAACUUCCAUUUUAAGUUAAAAUGGGAAGAUAGAGCUGUCCUUGCCUGUUUCCUGUGUGCUGAGGAGGAUGGCUCUGGGUGUACUCACCCCUUCUCAGUGCUGUGGGGUCCCUCAGCUCUCCUGCAAGCUUCCAAACCUUUCUGGGGAAAAGCUCUGCCUAGAGGCUGCUGGCGGAGUGCACUUAUACCCCUCUGCUGUUUCUUUUCUGUGGCUGUCUCCCCUCAACACAGCAAUUUCCCAUAGAUCUGUCUGACUGGAGACCCAGUCCUGGCUCCAGCACAUACCUACGUGCACCCGGGGCUCACACCGUGGAUGUAUGAGGUAGUCUGAGGUGCUGUUCUUCAACCCUGGCCAUUGAAGUGAAACGAGGUGAUUCGUAUUGCCAUCCUCUUGUGCCCAGAAAAAGCCGCAGGAGAACCUUAGGUUUAUCCCUGCAGGCUGUAAAGAGUUAACAGGUCUGCACCUCAGCCACUCCGUUUGCAACCUCCCAGGCUGGCACGGCUCCACAUGCUUUUGUCUAGGAAAGCUGACUUUCACCUUGCUCCCGUUUACUCCUGGAUGUGUGUACACAGUGCUGGGAAGGGAGACGCACAGACCUCCAGGCCGUCACUGUGGAGUUGUAAAGGAGAUAAAGAGCUCUCCGGGCUCCAGGUGCCUGAGUCUGUGCAGCUCUGCUCCCUGUGCAGCUUGCUGGUGAUGGCUCUUCGAAGAAGACUUUAGUGGAACCCUUGGUGAGAGAAACAGAGACCAUGGAUGCCCGAUGGCUUGACAACGUGGGCUCUGGAGACCUGCCAGAUGAUGAAGACAUUGGUGAAUUCACACCUCACUUAACUUCUGACGAGUUUGAUAUAGAUGACACAUCUGGCUCCGGAGACUACUCAGAUUAUGAUGAUGCCAUAUACCUGACCACUGUGGAUACUCCUGCAAUAUCUGACAACUAUAUCCCUGGAGAUACAGAGAGAAAGAUGGAAGGUGAGAAGAAAAACACCAUGCUGGACAAUGAAAUCAUUCCAGACAAAGCUUCACCUGUUGAAGCAAACCUGUCCAACAAGAUCUCCAUGGCAAGCACAGCCAACAGCAGCAUCUUUGAAAGAACAGAAGUUCUUACAGCUCUCAUUGCAGGAGGAGCAGUUGGCCUCCUGUUUGCUGUCUUCCUGAUCCUCCUCUUAGUCUAUCGCAUGAAGAAAAAGGACGAGGGCAGCUACGACCUUGGGAAGAAACCCAUCUACAAGAAAGCCCCUACAAAUGAGUUCUACGCUUAAAGCUCUGUGCCCUUUGGGACAAAUGGACCGUAUGGAAACACUGUGCCCUCCAAUGAGACGUGCUGAACAAACGCUCUUUUUGGAUUGAAUUUCAAAGUGACUUUUGAGGGUGGGGGACCAAACUUUCUACGUGACCCACCCCGCUCAGCUAACAAGGGUCCAAUGGAAUACAAAGAGUCUGGGGGGGGGGGGUUGGGGGGAAGCCUCGGUGUAUCUUUUUUUUCUAAAGCUAGUGUAAAAGCAAUAAAGAUGCCAAACUUUCUGCUUGUUUUUAUAGAGGGUAUAUGAACACCGACCAGGCUGUGUGGGAGCAAACGCUGUGUUUGCAGCCGGCGUGCUGCGCUCAGAUUGGCCGCUUCUAUGGAAGAUGGCUCCUUUACAAACCUUGCUUAACUACCAGGCAUCUUGUCCUGCAGCGGGCUGUUGGUGUGAAGCGUUUUUGUGAUGAGCUAUUUAUGAAUCUCUUACACUACCGAUCACGUUGCCUUACGGGGAAUAGAGGGCCCACGGGGCUCCAUAUCCCCCCACUGCCAUAAAGGGCCGAUGGGGAAUCUUCCCUAGGAGACUUCUGUCUGUCCCUGUGUGCCCCAGGCGGGGGGCGUUAGUCCGUGCAAUCAGGACAGCCCCUUUCUCUUGGCUGUGUGACACCCUUUCCUCGCCUUCACUCUAUUUUUUUUUAGGAUUGCCUGUAGGAUUUUUUUUAUAACGAAACCUUUAAAGAGGAUAAGCCUGAUGUUUAUAUGAAGUUUUGUAGAAAUUGUUUCGAAAUAAUAAUAAUAAUUAAUAAAAAAAAAAUCUACUUUUUUAAUUUCCUCAGAUUUAUUUUUUCAGUCCCUCUGUGUUCCCUCUGGAGACGUUUGUGAUCCAUACUCAGAACUGCAGCACUGAGCUGCAGGGGGUCGCAGGUUGUCUCUGCUUCUCCAGCAGCUGCUGUGGAGGUGAAGCUAUUUAUGGUUUUCCUGUAAUGUAGGUCUUGAUUUUUUUUUUGUAUUUUUUUUUUUAAUAGAAUUAUUUAUAGUUUCUGGAAUGGCUGCUCUUCGCAUCUGGUGACUUUUAUCCUUCUUAUGUAAAACACUAAUAUAAUGAAAUCUAAUGAGUCUCUGUGGAAACUAUUUAAGCUUUAUUCUGUGAAUUUUAAUUAUAAAUUCAAGGCAAUAACUUUUUUUUUUUUUUUAGAAUUAAUCUGUAUGCAAAAUUGGAUUCAUUAUAUGAUUGAAGUAGGGGAAAGAUUAGUAUUUCUAGCCUGUAAUAUAUUAUAAUCAGUCCUAUAGAGCUCUAUAUUAUAUUUUUACUGAGAAAUAUACGGCUAAGAGUGUGAAGGCUGGAGGUAACCCUUCAGCAACCCUCGCUCUGUUUUGUACUGCUGCUUGGCCAGCAUCUUGCCUGGAGCACAGGUGGGCUUUGGGUCUGCCUGGGUGGCAGCUCCCAGCUGUGGCUCUUGCAUUGCAUCCUGUGCCCGUAGCUCCUACCUCUCACACCCAUCCCCAGUGCUCCAAGAGCAGAGGGUGCAGUGCCUGUCCUGUGUCUGUGCUUUGGGAUGGUGUUGCGGGAUUGCAGCUGUUUUGGUGUGGUUUGAGGCCCGACUCGGGCAGGCAGCACGAAGCUGGUGGAAUCUAAACAGCUCCUCAAGCCUUCUGAGCAGGACUUUGAGGCUUGUGGCCAGAUGCUUAGAGGCAACAGCACAAAGCAAAGGGGCUUUAGCUGGUGGUGGCUGCUCCUUGGGCUGCAGUGGGGCAUUGGGCAGUGAUGUAUUGAUGUGGGCGUGGGAGGACUUUCCUGAGGGUCCUCCUGCAACACGUGUGUUUUUGGAAGCUGCAGGCUCUGGGGUGCUGAGAAACUGUGUGGAGUUGGAUGUAGGGGGGGAAGGAGGGGGGGGGGGGGGGGGACUCACUGCCUAUGGACAGCAGUGCCAGGAAGGCAGAAACAGUGUGUGCUUCUCUGGGUAUUUGGAUUCUCUCGUGUAACCGCUCUCGGGGAUUUUCCACUGUUACUGACUUCUAUUUUUCCACAAAUAAACUGGUACUUUCUAAAA